AUGAAGCUACUCCUGGUCCUGGUGGCCUUUCUCUUACCCCCCAAGGCUGGGGCAGGGGAGAUCAUCGGGGGCCAAGAAGCCAGGCCCCAUUCUCACCCUUACAUGGCAUAUCUUCUCACCCGAACAUCAAGGGGUCUGAGCACUUGUGGGGGCUUCCUGGUGCGAGAAGACUUUGUGAUGACAGCAGCUCACUGCUGGGGAAGGUAAGAAAUUAAGGUCAUCUUGGGAGCCCACAACAUCAGGAGGCAUGAAAGAACACAGCAGAGUAUACUGGUGCUCAGAGCAAUCCGCCACCCGAAAUACAACGAGCAGAACCGCCUGAAUGACAUCAUGUUACUGCAGCUGGAAAAUAGAGCCCAGUGGAAUCGAUUUGUGAGGCCUGUGGCUCUGCCUCAGUCCCAGGCCCGGCUGCAUCCUGGGUCCUUGUGCACUGUGGCUGGCUGGGGCCUGAUCAGCCAGACCAGGAGAACAGACACACUUCAGGAUGUGCAGCUGAGCGUGCAGAGGGAUCAGGAAUGUAGCAAUUGCUUUGAUACCUACAAUGGCCAAAGACAGAUUUGUGUAGGAGACCAAAUCGAGGGGAAGGCCACCUUCCUGGGGGACACCGGAGGGCCCCUUGUGUGCAACAAUGUGGCACAGGGCAUUGUCUCCUAUGGAAGAAGAUUCGCUGCUCCACCAACAGUCUUCACCAGGAUUGCUCGCUUCCUGCCCUGGAUAAAUAGAACAAUGAACCAAUUUAACAGAAAGAGGAUACCCUGA